AUGAAUCAAGAUGUGUACGCCGAACUGGAAAAGUACAAAAAGUUAGCGGCGAAUUGGAGGGAAGUGGCGAGAAUGCAAGAAAGAGAGCAUCAGAGAAGGAUGGCUGAGAUGGAUGAACGGUUGAAAAAAGAGCAGGAAGAGAAGGAUAAGCUUCGGAAGAAGCUCAACAAAAUGAACGACAUUUUAAAGACGAAAACGAAACAAGUGAAGAAGGAGAAAGCAAUGAGAAAGGCUGAGAAUGACGACGACUGGGAGGAGUUGCAAUGA